AUGGCGGCAAGGGGAAGGCCGUCGGCCAAGGAGAAGGACAAGGAAGAUGCCAGGGCGCUGGGGGUGCACCGCGUGCCCGAGAAUCAGAAGCGGGAGGUCUACGAAAGGGUUAGGAGGGCUAUGGAGGCCAAGACCGGUGUCUGCACCAGCCACAAGGUGGGGUCAUCGUCGUGGGACAAGAACGAGCAGAGGGUGCUCGAGGACGGCCUGCGCUACUACCCGCACGACCAGCACAGCAACAUGCUCAUCUACAUCCGUAUUGCCGCCGGCCUGCCGAAGAAGACAGUCAGGGACGUCGCGCACCACUUGCGGCACAUGCAGGCGAGGUCCCGGGUCCUGCCCGCAGGCUUGCCUUCGUUGCGCUAG